AUGUCACGAGAAGAGCUGUUGGUCUUGCGAAAGACCCUGAAAGACCUGCUGGACAGAGGAUUCAUCCGAGCGAGUAGCUCAGCGGCUGCCGCGCCGGUGCUGUUCCGCGACCGAUACCCACUGCCCUCAUCGCGGAGACCCUGCAGAAUCUGGCCAAGGCUAAGUGGUUCACCAAGAAAGACUGCAUUUCGCACGAGGUUUGGGCUCUACGAGUGGCUCGUGUGCCCUUUCGGCCUGAGCGGCGCCCCGGCAUCAUUCCAACGAUACAUGAACAGUGUAUUGCGCGAAUGGCUGGACGACUUUGUCACAGCGUACCUGGAUGAUGUACUGAUCUACUCGAGCGGUUCGAAGGCGGAUCAUGAGGCUAAGGUGCGACGAGUUCUCCAAGCACUCGCCGACGCUGGGCUGCACCUAGACCCAGCGAAGUGCGAGUUUUCGGUACAAGAGCAGCGCGCCAUCCGCGAAUGGGAGGCCCCGACCACGAAAGGAACUGCCUUUCAUUGGGGACGAGCGGAGAACGAGGCGUUUCAGGAGCUGAAGCGACGAUUUUGCGAGUCACCGGUGCUCAAGCAGUGGGACCCGAGCCUCCCGACCUUUUUGGAGACGGAUUGCUCAGGCUACGCAUUGGGAGGCGUCCUGUCGCAGGAAGGCCCAGAUGGACGUCGACACGCAUGCGCCUUCUUCUCGAAGCGACUUUCGCCAGCGGAGUACAACUAUCCCAUUCACGACAAGGAGAUGCUUGCCAUCAUGAGAUGUCUCGACAACUGGAACGCCGAACUUAGGAGCUGCGCCCAUUUACAAUCCUUACCGAUCACCGCAACCUGA